CCCGCGCGCGGUUCCGGACAACGCCUGGUGUGUGGUAACACCGCGGAUCUUCCUCCUCCUCCUCCUCCUCCUGCUCCUCGCGGGCGCUUCCGGCGCGGCGGCGGCGGCGAAGCCCCUCGGGAGCAGCGGGGGCUCGGCGGGCCGGGGCAGGACAAUAGAUAUCACAAGUUCUUCAAAUAUUCUUGCACAACGAGGAAAAAGAAGAGACAUUUCAGUGAAUGAGGAGUUUUUUGCUUCUAUAGUGUUUUCCUUGAGAAGUGGCUCUUUGAAUGAGGAUGACAAUGGAAGAGAUGAAGAAUGAAGCAGAGACCACUUCUAUGGUUUCCAUGCCUCUCUAUGCUGUUAUGUACCCUGUCUUUAAUGAGCUAGAAAGAGUAAAUCUGUCUGCAGCUCAGACACUGAGAGCAGCUUUUAUUAAGGCUGAAAAAGAAAAUCCAGGUCUUACACAGGACAUCAUCAUGAAAAUUCUGGAGAAGAAAAGUGUGGAUGUGAAUUUCACAGAGUCUCUUCUGCGUAUGGCAGCUGAUGAUGUAGAAGAGUAUAUGAUUGAAAGACCUGAACCUGAAUUCCAAGAUCUUAAUGAAAAGGCACGAGCACUUAAACAGAUUCUUAGUAAGAUUCCAGAUGAGAUCAAUGACAGAGUGAGGUUUCUUCAGACAAUCAAGGACAUUGCAAGUGCAAUAAAGGAGCUCCUUGACACAGUAAAUAAUGUCUUCAAGAAAUACCAGUACCAGAACCGGCGGGCACUUGAGCACCAAAAGAAAGAGUUUGUAAAAUACUCCAAAAGUUUCAGUGAUACUCUGAAAACCUAUUUUAAAGAUGGAAAGGCAAUAAAUGUGUUCAUAAGUGCCAACCGACUAAUUCAUCAAACCAACUUGAUACUCCAGACCUUCAAAACUGUGGCCUGAAAACUGUAUAUGUUGAGAGUUGUACUUUUCAAUGGUGGAUAGGGUACCUUUAUAUGUAAAUUUUAAAGUUUUGACUGUAUAAAUUAUCAGCCCCUCUCGAGGGGCCUAAUGCAGGAUUUUGAAUGGGAUUAUUGCCAUCUUACACCAUAUUUUUGUAAAACAUUGUAGCUUAAUCAUAAUCUCACAAGAAAGAUUUUGCAUCACUUUUUGCUAUUAUCAUUCUUUUCAGAAUUAUAAGCCAAAAGAAUUUACGCCUUAAUGUGUCAUUAUGUAACAUUCCUUACAAGAAUUGUAAAUAUUUGGUGUUCUGUUUCUGACAUUUUAACUUGAAAGCGGAAAACUGCAAGAUUAUGUAUUUAACAAUAUUGGUGGCAAAUAUUCAAUAAAUAGUUUACAUCUGUUA